GACCGUCCGAAAGAGGCGUCCCAGCCUCCCGGCUCUAGCCUGAGGCUCGGCGCUAAGACCCAGCAGGAGCUCCAGGGGGGUGGGCUGGGCUGGGCUGGAGCCCGACGGUCGCCGGCUGCUCCGUAAGCCUCCGGGCGCGGCGCGGGCAUGGCUCGCGCGGCGUGGGGGCUGCUGUGGCUGCUGCUGGGCAGCGCCGGGGCCCAGUACGAGAAAUACAGCUUCCGAGGAUUCCCUCCGGAGGAUCUGAUGCCACUAGCCACGGCCUACGGCCACGCUCUGGAGCAGUACGAAGGCGAGAGCUGGCGCGAGAGCGCGCGCUACCUGGAGGCGGCGCUGCGGCUGCACCGGCUCCUGCGCGACAGCGAGGCCUUCUGCCACGCCAACUGCAGUGGCCCCGCCACCUCGCAGCCUCGGCCCGCAACCGGCCCGGAUGGCGACCACGGCGGCGAUGGCGAGGACUGGGCGCGCGAGCUGCGGCUCUUCGGCCACGUCCUGGAGCGCGCCGCCUGUCUGCGGCGCUGCAAGCGGACGCUGCCCGCCUUCCAAGUCCCCUACCCGCCGCGGCAGUUGCUGCGCGACUUCCAGAGCCGCCUGCCCUAUCAGUACCUGCACUACGCGCACUUCAAGGCGAACCGACUGGAGAAGGCGGUGGCUGCCGCCUACACCUUCCUCCAGAGGAACCCCAAACACGAGCUGACCGCCAAGUAUCUAAGCUACUACAGGGGGAUGCUGGAUAUUGGAGAUGAGUCCCUCACCGACCUGGAGGCCCAGCCCUACGAGGCUGUGUUCCUCCGGGCUGUGAAGCUCUACAACAGCGGGGACUUUCGCAGCAGCACAGAAGACAUGGAGCGGGCCCUGGCUGAAUAUAUGACGGUCUUUGCUCGGUGUCUAGCUGGCUGCGAGGGGUCCCACGAGCAGGUAGACUUCAAGGACUUCUACCCAGCCAUAGCAGAUCUCUUCGCAGAAUCCCUGCAGUGCAAGGUGGACUGUGAAGCCAAUCUCACCCCCAACGUAGGUGGCUUCUUUGUGGACAAGUUCGUGGCCACCAUGUAUCACUACCUGCAGUUUGCCUACUACAAACUGAAUGAUGUGCGCCAGGCUGCCCGCAGUGCUGCUAGCUACAUGCUCUUUGACCCCACGGACAGUGUUAUGCAGCAGAACCUGGUAUAUUACCGCUUCCACCGGGCUCGCUGGGGCCUUGAAGACGAGGACUUUCAACCCCGUGAGGAAGCUAUGCUCUACCACAACCAGACCUCUGAGCUCCGGGAGUUGCUAGACUUCACACACAUGUACCUUCAGUCAGACGAUGAGAUGGAACUGGAAGAGACAGAAUCGCUCCCGGAGCCUGAAGAACCUCUAUCUGAUGCUGAGUUCGAAGGCGAGGGCGACUAUGAGGAAGGUCUCUAUGCUGACUGGUGGCAGGAGCCAGAUGCCAAGGGUGAUGAGGCUGAGGCCGAGCCAGAGCCUGAACUGGCAUAAGGCGGUGACAUGGUGCACUCUUCAAGCUCAGGACACCUGGCUGGGGACAAGAACUAUUUAUUAAAACUUAAAAUAGCCGGGUGUGGUGGCACACACCCUUAACCCUGGCACCACCCGGGGGGGGGGGUGAGGCAGAAGCAGGCAGAUCUCUGGGCCAGCCCGGCCUACACAGUGAGAUCCUGGCCAGGCCAGGCUACAUAGUUAGUGAGAUCUUGUUUCAAAACAAAAACAAUUGAGUGUGGGAUCACAUGCCUUUAAUUGCAGCAGCUGGGAUGCAGGGGCAGGUGGAUCUCUGUGAGUUCCAGGCUAGCCUGACGUAGUGAGUUCUAGGCCAGUAGAGGCUCUGUUGUAAGACCCUGUCUCAAAAUAAAUCAAAAGGAAAAA